AUGAGUGGGACAGAUUACUCCUACGACGAGCAGGGGCAGUUCUUCCCCAUCUUCAUCGCUACGAUCGUCGGCAUAGUCACAAUUCCCCUGACAUACACUGUUCUGAAGCCCAGUUCGGACCCUGGAGCCACAGCACCUCGAAUCAAGACAGACUACCGACCUGAGCAUGCGGACCUGAUCGAUAUCCAGAGAAAGGCUCAGAAGAAGAAAGAACGGAAGCUGAAGCGCAUACUUACCGUCGUUGCUGGAUGGGCGACCAUAGCCUUCAUGGGUUAUUUGAUUUAUGUCACAGCGCGAACAAUACCCAAGAUUUGGAACCCAUACGACAUCCUGGGUAUUUCAGAUUCUGCAAGUGAGAGAGAGAUCAAAUCACACUAUAAGCAGCUUUCUAAGAAAUACCAUCCGGAUAAAGCCAAGCCAGACCCUGCGAAAAACGAAACCCUCGAAACCAUAAACGAUUAUUAUGUCGAACUUGUUAAAGCCUACAAAGCACUUACCGAUGAGGAGAUCCGAAAUAAUUUCAUUCAAUUUGGCCACCCUGACGGCAAGCAAAGCUUUAGUAUUGGUAUUGCUCUGCCAAAGUUUAUUGUUACUGAUGGCAAUGGAAAAUACGUUAUUCUGGUAUACGCGGCCUUGUUGGGAAUUUUGCUGCCAUAUUUGGUUGGAAGCUGGUGGUAUGGGACUCAAAGAAUGUCUAAGGAGAAGGUUCUCAUCGAGAGCGCCAACAAUCUAUUUAGGGAAUACGAUGAAGGUCUUGAGGAAGGGGGCAUUGUUAGUGCUUUGAGCACUGGUCUGGAAUUUCAGAAUGCUUUGAAGGGCGACAAGGCCGAAUCUGGUCUGGGCAAGCUGGAAUCGAGGAUCCUGGCUGAGGGUACCGCGACCCCUCUUGCUGGUGGACUUUCUACAAAGGACCGAACUGUAUUGGAAGAUUUGGAUGGCGGUGCUCGACGGAAAGCACUUGCACUUCUAUGGGCUUAUCUUGGACGAGUGGAACUCGACGACCCAGCUCUCAACCAAGCAAAGAUUGAGGUGGCGCCCAUUGCACAUGCUCUUAAUACAUCUUUCACCGCAAUCGCUCUGGCCUUCGGUACUACUGCGCCCAUCCUUGCAUCUUAUCUCACUGGUCAGAAUCUGUUGCAGGCAAUGCCCCCAAAAGCUUCUCCCCUACUUCAGCUUCCUUUCAUUACUCCGGCCAUUGCCAAGGCGAUCGAAGGAGAUUCGAGAACCCAUUUAAGCUUACAAGAUUACAUGGCACUCCCGGAAGCUUAUCGGAAGAAGCUAGCUGUUGGCAAAGGUCUAUUGACCGAAGCCCAAUACAAUACUGCUAUGAGCGUAGCCAAGCAAUUACCUCGCCUACAAGUUGAGAAGGCUUUCUUCAAGGUGACUGGCGAGAAAUACAUAAUUCCCAGUUCGCUAGUAUCAUUGGUUGUCAAGGGCCGAUUUAUCCCCCCUGGAAGCCAAGAUAUCCCCGAAGUUAACGAGCUCGACCUAGAAGACAUCGAUCCAGACGAGGACGAUCUAGACGCAAUUCUGGGCCGGAAGAAGAAGGGUGUCAAGGGCGCCAAAUCAGAAGAAGAGAAAAUCGUCCAACCACCUCUCGCAUUCGCCCCCUAUUUUGCCCGUGACUACUCUCCCAGAUGGCACGUUUUCCUUACCGACAGCAAGCAAGGGAAAAUUGCUGUUCCUCCUUUUACAUUCACAACCUUCGACAAGCCAAUUUACGACGAAAGUGGCAAGCCAACUUUCAAUAUGCAGACACUGAAGGCGCAGUUCCAAGCCCCACCACAGGCUGGCCACUACACCUUUGUCAUGCACUUGAUUUGCGACUCGUAUGUUGGAUUUGAUACCAAGAUGGAGGUCACGCUAGUCGUGGACGAAGCUAGUAAAGGAGCAGAUAUAGAGGCGGAUGAUGAUAUCUCUGAACCCGAUGAGGACUCCAUAGCCGGCCAAAUGCAAGCCAUGAAGUCCGGCGUUCCCGCACCACCCAAGAAAAAGAAGAAUAAGCCCGAGUCCAGCGACGACGAGGAGAGUAAUACCGAAGAAGAGGUCGAGGAUACGAGUGAUACCGAUACCGACACCGACGAGGAAUAG